CGAUGCUGUCAUAGUACAUAUUGUUCUUGGCACGCACGUUAUCGCAGUUUUAUUUGAUUUUAUACAAAAUCCACUAGAACCUGUAAUAUAGUGGAGGCUCCAAUGAGUGCCUGUAGUCUUUGUAAUCUUUAAAUUUGAAGAAACAAAGUACUAAAUAGCUAAAAGGAACAGGCUGUGUACUUGGGGAAAGCCACUACUACUACAUAUUUAAUAAUUAAGCAAAUUCAGGACUAGAUAAAAAUGAAAUACUGUAGCCUACUUUUGAUAUUUAUCAUAACCUGCGGUCUUCUAGAAUGCAUGGUUGCAGAGCUAAUUACUAUGUCCUUGAUGGGUGCAGCUUUUAUAACAGGUGGUUGGUACAAGUGGCAAACGAUAAAAGAGAACUCAUAUUGUCGGUUCAUGGAAUGUUGCAAUGCAAAUUAUGUCCCAUAUGACAUUGAGAAAUUAAAGACAUCACUCUCCAAGUAUAUGUUUGGACAACCCUUAGUGAAUGAGCUAGGCAGUAUCAUAAGUGCACACAAAGAAGCAGUGCUAAAUAACAGCAACCGGAAAGCACUAGUGAUCAGUCUGCACGGUUGGUCAGGGGUCGGCAAGAACUAUGCAUCCAAUAUGAUCGCUGAGGCCCUCUACAAGAAGGGAACUAAAAGCCAGUAUGUCAAGUUGUUCAUGGGAGAUAAGGACUUUAACUGUGAGGAUUUGGACAAGAAGAAGAAGGAAGUAAUGUCCGAAGUAUUCAGGGUUGUGAAGAGCUGUCCAACAUCUCUAAUAAUAUUUGAUGAAAUACAUGACAUGUGUCCAAGCAUACUGGACACCGUGAAGCCAUUCCUGGAUCACCACCAGUCUGUGGAUGGGGUAGAUUUUAGGAACAGCAUAUUCAUCUUCAUCUCUAAUAUUGGAGGAGGUCAGAUAGCCUCAACUCUUCUGGACUUGUAUGGACAAGGAGUGAAAAGGAACGAUGUGGAAUUCCACAUGUUCGAACCUAUUAUUCGCAAAACGGCAUAUUUUACAGGUGGCUUCAAGCAGUCGUCGACGAUCGCGAACCACCUGAUAGACCACUACAUCCCGUUCCUGCCUCUGGAGCAGCAGCACGUGGAGCAGUGCGCGCUGGCCGAGCUGCGCGCGUACGGCGUCGCCGAGCCCACCGAGCACAUGAUGGCAGAUGCGAUGUCUGUGAUAACGUACGGGCCGAGCGAGGCGCAGCCAAUUUUCGCGAAUAACGGCUGCAAAAGAUUCACGAAGCACAUUCCCUACGUAGUACAGAAGCACAAACCGAAAAAGGAGAACAGUGAACUGUAAAUAGGUCUAUUGUUAUAAGUUUCAAUUGUGAUAAUUUAACAAAUCGUGUUUACUUUUUAAAAGCGAGGUUCACACUGACCAAGCAUUUGGGCAUGAACCAUUUUACCUACCAGCAGUCGAGAAACCACCGCACACGGACUGCUUGUUAUGGGGCUUCCUUGUCCUUUGACCGCCAAAAAACUGCCAUAGAUUAAAAUUAAUCUUUUCAUUUCCUUAAGAUUUACUAUGACGUGUUAUAAUAAAAUAGUCGUGGCUUCAUAAGGUUGGGUUGAAGCAACCUUUUGGUAAAUAUUCAGUCAUUUUUGCACUGAAUCAGUCUAGACUGAUAAGUGUUGGCGGCUACUCGACAAGUCUGGACCCGGCUAAAUGGAGUCAUGUUGAGCGAGUAUACAGGUUCAUCACGGUUUUUCUCUAUAUUUUGAGUUACAUUAUGUUUCUAUUAUAAGAUCUAAUCUAUGGAUACAAAACACGACUUACGUAUGAGUAUUAGAUACUCGUAUUUUAAAUAGAACUAUGUUCUGCUUCGUACCUUAAAUAUAAUAUGUUUAGCAACUAAUAUAAGUAAGCUAAUUUAUUAUAAAAAUGGAGAGAUCUAUAAGUAUUUUUUCAUAAUCAACCGGUGUCCUAACUUUUU